UGUUUAACGGAUGUACACGGGUGUGCUAAACAGUCCUUUUUGUUGGUGAUGUAUAUAACAUAAUCGUAUAUCAUUGAGUAAGAGUUUUUCUACUAGUUUUAAGCAUUUUUAAAGAAUUUUAAAGUAAAUUAGUUCAAAUAUUUCUAAUCGGAUCUACAAGCUAUUGGUUAUACAGGGUUGCGGUUCUGUCGAGAUCAAUCAAAUGAUCCUGAUUAAUGAUGUUGACACGAGUUUGCUAACUAAACUAUUUGAUUCAUCUUUCGCUUGACAAAAAUGUGAUCCAAAUAUUCUACAAGUUUAAAAUAUCUAAAAAAUCGUUAUAUUAACAAUUUUCCACGUUAUGCUUGUGCUGAAAACGACAUGGAUUCAUACAAAAUCCAGCCUUCGUGCGUAAAUAUUGCAUCACUUCAGCCAUUUAAUUUUAACACAGUUGUUUUCAAUUUUGUUAACCUCUUUUUCUUACAGAGACUUGGUAAUAGAAUGUUUCUUUGUAUGUUCCAUUAUUUACCGCUACUAUUAAAUCCAGUCGAUUUCUUUUUAUUCGAAUCUGUUUUACCUUUACCGUUUUAAUGUCCUCCUCUUCUGUUCUAUGAUUUAAGGGCUCUAUCGACCAUCUUAUGCUGUAUGUUAACUGAGCACGAAUCGAAAUAACAAACACGUGGUAUCCCUUUUACCAUAAUUUAUGGAGGCUCAGGUCUGAAAACGUUUAUUAUGGACGAUCACCUUUUCCUUGCGAACUCAUCAUUGUAAUACAAGUCCACAGCCAAAUGAAAAAGCAUGUAAAACUGAGGACACAAAAAAUCAGACACACACACACACACGCAUACACGUAAACAUAAGCAAUCAGGGUCAUGACAAUCUGGGCACUGAGUGUAACAGUCAUCACGUCCCGCUGAGGUUAGGCAGGUUAGGAUGUGGAUCGAUUUUUUGGGAACAUUCGCAAAAAUGUACCUUACACGAAAAUUGGACUACCUGUAGGUUUUCAUAGCUUCACUGUCACGUUUUGCAAAUUGAAAGCUUUUAAAAAUGUGUGCCUGGUAAGCCAUUUUCAAGGACCGAACUCAUUACAAUUUUAUGAUCAACAGCAACAUUUGUUUAGGAAAUAAGCAUUCAUCUUUUCGCUUUGCUAUAGAUUUAUUAAUCUUUCUUUCAAGUACCAUAUAGGUCGUAAAAUAGUUAUAACCGCAUUUCCUCAAUUUUAUUGAAAUUUACCUAAGAUUUUUUGCAAUUCAAUGACGUUUGAAUAAAAAAAAUCAUUUCAUCUCACUAACAAUUUUUUAAGUAUUUUUUAAACUUACCUUCAAUUUUGUUGCAAUUUCUAUCCUUAUGUUUUGUUGAAACGAAGAUUUCUGCAACGGUUUUAACCUUGAAUGGACAUCUCAACCCGAUAAAGCAAUAUUCUGUUUUGUUUUUUAGGAAAGUAAUCAACCUGACAGCCUUUUUGUACAACGUUUGAAAAUUGUUUGUUCCUCUUUACUGAUUCUGUUUUUUUUAUUUGUCAUAAAAUAAAAGCUGGCUCGAUUAGAGAUCUAUAAAUGGGUAUAAACGAUAUGACUCUAGGAUAACUGGUACUGUGGCGAUUAAAUAAUGCAGUUAUACAAACACCCAAGUCUACUGCACCGCGGUAGAUCAAGAAGUGAGUGUAUGCGAGAAAUCAAUCCAUUCGCCAUUGCUCCCAGCUCGAAUUCGGAACUGUCAUAUUUCACGCUGAAGUUGAUAUUGAUAUAGUGCAGACGAUAAAUUUCACUCCCGCAAACGGCCCCGAUAUCGUUGGAAUGUAUUUUGGGUAGCUCAGUAUCAAUUUUGCGAGCAGCAAAGCUAUUCUGGCUGAAUCAUCGUUUCAUCAUCGUGCUAAAUGGGAAUCGCUUCUGCUUGACUUAAUAUUUAUUUUUGAAUUAUUCAUGAAAAAUAGCGAUCCCAAAUUAAAACUAUGUUAAUUAUGCUUUGCUUUUAAUCACACCUUUCACUCCAACUAAGCUAUUUGCUUUCAUGUGUGGAGUAGCUAUGCUUCGAAAUACACGACUGUUUAUUGAGUUCUAGAAUGUUUUCAAUAGAAGCAAUACCACAUAUUGUAUGAUAUCAAUCUAUUUAACAUGUUCAGCUCGCAACAUGUUUUUAGUAGUUUUAUAUAAGCUUUUAAAAUCUAUCCGAAAGUAUAAUAUGUUAUCGGAACCUAAAUCAAUUUGUGAAUCCCAUGCGGAGCACAUACCGGCUACGUGGUAAAAAAUAAGGCUAUUAAGCCAGAAAUGGCCGGCAUGGCCUUACAGGUUAAACCAAGAAGAGAGAUAGAGACGUCUAAAUCAAUUUAACUUAAUUAAUUUUCAUUAAAGUAUUGCUACUGGUUAAAGAAUGUAAAUUUUUAAAGGAGUUUAUUAUAUGUAUUGAUAUGUAUCCUGUUCUAGCCUGUAUUUGAGUUUAAUGUAAACAUUGAAAACCGUUCAAUUGCUCUUCCCGUCGUGUGAGUUUUUGCAAGUAAAGUCACGUUCAGGCAUUGCAUGUUUCAUUGCAUUGUAGACAUUUGUGUUUACAUUUCGCUUACAUUGCCGCAUAUAUUUCACGUGUUCCUUAUCCAAGACUUCGUUCGCUUCAAAAUGCACCAUAGACAUUUCAAAAACAGAAACCAUGUUGCCUUCCGAUUACCAUUUACUUUGGAAGCACGCUUUAGUUUUGCCGAACAAGUAUUCUUCCCAUUUCUUAGAAAUAUGUGUUGAGAAUAGAGUCUUUUUUUUAUAGUUGUGCUAACUUAUUGGCAUUUCCUAUAGUAAGUCUCCUCCAUUCAGCAGUUUACGUUUCUUAACAAACUUUGAGAUUUAAACAGUUUUGUGCUAUCAUUAUAAUCCAACUGUUUUAAAGAUUACUCGGAUUACUAAAAGAAAAUUUAAGGAUUUCAUUCGCACUUACAUAUAUGCUUUCGAUUUUGUAUAAAAAAGCUAAAGAUGAAGAACGUAUUUUGGAAUAGAUUUUCAUUGCUCAGUUACAUUACAGGUAUAUUCUACGCGUAUUGAUAUAAUGACACUUAAAUUAUAAAAAUACUUUAACUCGGGACCCCUGUAAGCUUUUUUCGGAUUGACCAUACCAAUUGAAAAUAGUUGGAGACCGACGAAAAAGUGAAACGGAAGUUGAUAUUUGAAAUUCAAAUUAUACUGAAGUAAAACAAAAUUUUAGUGAUAUGUAUUUGGUUGCUUUUGGGUCAUGCAAAUUAAAUUCCGGAUUCAUAUUACCCUGAACGUGGAACAGGGCAGAAACAAACGAGAACUGCAAUGUAAACAAUUUCAAGCUAAAAUUAUUUUAUAUUUGUGAUGUAACUGAACUCAAAGUAAUAUAAUAGCAAACCCCAGUUUUCAUAAUAUGUGUACUAAAGGAUGUAGCGGGGCUUUUGCUAUGUGUCAGUAAUUUUUUAUUUACCUUUUUAAAAGCUUUGUAAUUCGUAACAUCAUAAUUCGAAAAUUGGUAUUCCAUCUGUAACUUUUCAAUUCAAUAUACGAAUAACAGUACGAUCACAGCAUGAAAGAAAAGACUGAUGAAUGAGACCAUCUGAAGGCAAAAUAUUUACUGACGAUUUUAUUUAGAAAAACAAAUUUGCAUUCUUCUAUAGGAUCGUCGGUUGAACAAUCACUUCAUUGGAAUUAUUAUUUCACCGGCUUGGUAGCAUUAUUCCUUCCUUUUAGAUUUAUAAUGGUUUAAUACGAAAUUCAAUUGUUGCAGUACGUUUUGCGAACAUUCCGUUACCUUUACAUAUUAACUUUAAACGGAAAUGAACAAUGAAUGUAUUCAUCGAUAUUCGUUUACAACUUUAGUUAUUGAAUGUGUGGAACAGCUUAGAGCAACUUUUUAUGUAAAAAAUUAUAUGGAAACAAACUUAAUUUACAAUAUUUAAUGAACUAAUAAGCGCUUGUAUACCUUUUAACUUGUAUUAUCCAAUAUAUUUACAGGUACUUGUACAUUGUUUUUAUGCUUUAAGGUUAGAUUUAUUUUGAGGUUAAUUUUUAAAGCACAACACAAUGGGCAAUACAGGUGAAGCUGUUUCUCUAUGUAAUAUUGUUUGUUUUUCAAUGUGAAUUUACAAAAUAAAACAUAAUAAAGCAUUCUAAAACAUUAAAUUUUGCUUCGGUAAGAUUCGUACGAUAAGGAGUCAGACAACACAACGAAGGUGAACGUUCCUGUCCAAACAAAUGUUUACGAACUUGCUACUUACAUUCCAGUUUGUCUCAUGAAUCGGUAGUUGGUUUUUUGGUUGUUGUUGUUUUUCUACAUACUUGGAAGGACUACUUAUCCGUCCUGGGACCGUAAUCCAUUAGCCAUAUCAUUCGCAGUCAUUUUGUCAUCAUUCAAGCCAUGUUGGUGACCUAUGACAUGUUAGAUAGCUUACAGUAAGCUGUACGCUGGAAUUCUUGUUACUUAUUUGAUGCUAUUUUUAGUGUGGGUGAACACAAUCCCAAAUCAGAACUCGCAUACAGCCUAACGCACUUACUGUCAUGCUAAUUCUUUGCACAUUCUUUGUGAAUAGAUUAUAUUUUCUUGGGUAGCAAGAAAGUCUAUGACUAGAAACAAGUGCCUAUUUUUCAAAGGUAUGUGUCAGAAGGACAUGAAAACAUCAAAACAGAAUACACCUUUUAGUCAUUUUCAUGAACAUGUUACUUCGUUGCAUUUGCAGUAAUUUUCCUAUUGAAUCAGUAAGUGUACAAUCUGUACACACAUGCUUGACAACAUUCUGACACAGACUUACCCGUUCUGUAGUCCUUUCACUACAGCUACAGCUAUACAGUUACCAAAAUAACUGGUAGCUUAUUUUAAAUCUGAUAAUUAGCAGAUUUUUCCAGCAAGUGAACAAUUAAUAUCUCUUAGAUCUCUUAGAAGUAUCUUCCGGGAAAUAUCGCAUAAUUUGUUCUCCAUAAGAUUUAGUUACAUGGUAAAACCAGACCAAACGUUUUACAUCGCAAAAUGAUCAUCAGAGGCGUUAAGAGUAACACUAUCAAAUUAUAUAUGCCAAUUAUUCACAGAUACAAAAUUUUGUUCUAAGAUUGAUUUAUUAUUCAGCUAUGGGUAUAUAAAUAAAAGUAAGAAAAAGACUGCAGUUACUGAACAGUAAAAACUGGAGAAUUUAUACCUGAUUACUUAGAAUCUACUACUAAAAUUGUAAAAAUAGUUCAUUAAAAAACAUUUACGUUUGAUAACUAACAGAAACGAAAAGUGUUAUCUAAUUUUAUUUUGUUUAUGCAAUCAAGAAUCAUUAAUAUCAUUCUUCCUUAAAACUGUUAUUUAUUUUAGUAGUAACUAAUAUUUUGCAAUAGUUGUCAAAAACUUAGUUUGUUUCAUAUAUAUUUUCGUGUAUUUUUUCUAAAAAACAAAUUAAGCAGGGUGUGAAUUCGUUAAUACAUUAAUCCAUAGUAAGAAUGUUAAACUAAGAUACGGAAAUUUUCUUCAAUGAAUAACAACAACAACAGUAAAGUCGUACGCUAUCUUGGUAAUGGAAAAAGUUUUUUUCGUGCCUCUUUUUCCUAGCCAUUUGGAAGGUUUUCGUUUGUAGUUGUAUUCGUCUGAAAACUUUUUUUAUUUUAUUUUUCCCUCCACGGUAUAUCCGAUACCAAGUAUUACGCUUUUCUAGGUGCUGCCACAAGGCGUGAAAUCGUUAUUUGCCUAAGAAUUUUUUGAUGCGAGUUUUUUUCGUUUCAUAUCAGCGCUAUCGGCGACGGUUUUCUGGAUGAUUUCUUUAAGAAUUGUUGAGCGAAAGUUUUCAGAUUUAUCUGUGAUAAACGUUAAUUUAUACAAAGUUUCUUUCCGAGCACUUGCUGAUGGACACUAGUAAUGCUCAAUUUUGCAUUGCAACAUUUUUUUUUAACUUUGCUGCUAGCGCAAAACAGUCGGUCUGUGUUCGACUUACAGGCAGCAUGCAAGAAUUGAUUCACCGAAACGUGAAGUGUGGAAAUUUUCAUAUGCUUGUUGGUUCGCGCUGAUCAGUUGCAUAUUGAAUAUAUUUCUGAAUUAAAUUGUUGAAAGUAGAUGGCAUUAAACUAUAAAGCGUUUUUUUAUUGAAUUUUUUUCGAUAAUACGGUGAAAGCCAUAAUAAUAUAAUGAAUGACACAUUCCUGAUAUGUAUUGCACGAAAAUCAGCACAAACCGUGGGUGUAAUAUUAUGGUAUACACCGUCAGGCUGUUAAAUGAGUAUAAAAGGUUCUCAAACAGUUAUUUUAUGUCGCUCUACAAUCAUAAUUGCUUCUAUAUAAUAUGUAUUAUAAUGUAUAGGGUAUGCCUUAAAAAUUCAUGCAAAUGUUACUAAAACAACGAAACAAAUUCACAUAUUUUUACAAUUCUAACAACAACCUCUGUUUUUCAUUUUCAGGUGCAAAGCUCAUCCAAAAUUGAGAUCGACGAACAAUGAAUUGUCGCAACUUGAUAUAAAAUUACGCGCACAAAAAGCAUUGAGCAAUAUUUAUACCCUCUUCAAACAUUAUUGAAACAGUCGAAAAACCCAAAUCAAUAUCCAUCGUACUCAAUAGAUAACCAACGUACAGGACGCUCAAUCAACUGUCAAUACCAUCGAGUUGUUGUUAUCAGAUAAAAUUGCUAUUGCUUGGAAUAUUCAGUUUUGAAUGUAUUUGUGUAAUACAAAAACAACAUCACAUCAGUUUUGUGAACAAUCGAAGAAAAAUGUGGAAAAAUUUGAAGAGUGUAUUUGUCACAAAAUACCAAAGCCGUUGGUUGAAUAGUACUGCUUGCUGACGCAAACAACGAGUUGAAACUGGCCAAAGGUAGCAACAUCUAACGGAUUGCAAAAGUAACGAGAUCCAAAAUAUCAACCUGAGUCGACCAUUGCGGAUGGUCGAUUUUAAUUGACCACCUUUCUCGGUUACCAUUGCUCAAAUCUUGAGUUCUGUAGCCGUGUCCGAAGCUAACAUCUAGUACGAAGGAACAGCACUACCUUGGUGCUCCAUGACCAAAGGGAGUGUGGUCGUAACGUAGUAAGAGCUGUUCGAAAAGUGCGUGGCAGUAGUUUAAAAGCAGACAAAUAAAACGUCCGUAGACCGCAGUUUAUCGGGGGCAUUACUAACAUGCGCUACGUUUGCGCCUUUGUAAUAGCCACGAGGUUCAGGUUCACACACGAUAGAAUAUUUAUGAUACCAUCACGACGGACUCGUUAGAAUUUGGCUGUUUGUGAGCCGAGCCAAAAUCGAUUAUACUUGGGUUAUGUUAUUCACCGUGCCAUAAAUAACCGAUAACUAACUACCCGUACGAACCAUCCCCGAGUGCCUGCCACACCAAUUGUAUAAUGUUGGCAAAGUAACUUUUCUGGAAAAUCGUUUGCUUUGCUUUGUCCAACACUUCGCACUUUGAGUAAAUCUUUGCCGAUGGGGCAUUUUCUUCAACCGGACGAUACAUCCGAAAUCGAGCCAUUCGAACCCGAGAGCAUAAUCUACACCGGGUCUACAGCGACGGGCACGACAUCCAUGAUGGGUAGACGAACGAAACAGAAUCCUACCAUCGUUAGCAGUACGGAGGCUGGUAACAACAAUGGCCAAAGCACUUCCCGAACCAGCCAAAAUAAGAAACUGACAAAACCAAAGCAGAAAACACGGGAUUCUGAUUGUUGCAGCAUUAACUUUAUCAAGUAUUCGUUGCACAUAUUCAACACCAUAUUUCUGAUAUCCGGAUUAGUAAUAGUUGGUGUUACCCUUUGGACGAUAUUUUGGAAACAUCAAUACAUUUCUCUUCUAUCAACUACCAACUAUGUUAUCGGAACGUACGCUUUAUUGGCCGCGGGGUUACUUGCGGUUUUUGGUGGAUUUCUUGGAUGCUGUGGAGUAUGGCAUGAGCAGCGUGGAGUAUUGGUAUUGUAUACUUUCGUUCUGCUGAUCGUGUUCCUGCUAGAAUUCAUUGUGGGCGGCUUAGCUUAUCUUUACGAAACGCAAAUCGAGACGGAGCUGCAGUACACCCUCAACGCAACCUUCAUGGAACACUACGGUGUGAGUGAACGGCAAACAAAAGCCAUCGACAGCCUGCAGCAAGAGUUUUCCUGCUGUGGUGCUAUACGAUUCGAAGAUUGGCGACAUAGUGUGUGGUUGCGGUCACGGCGCAAAGAUCUGAUAAAACCAACCGAGGGUCGUUUGGUGCCAGAUUCGUGCUGUAUAACCGUGGUUGCAAAGUGUGGUUUACGUGAUGGUCCUAGCAAUAUUCACUAUACGGGCUGCAUAUACGAGAUGACGGAUGACCUAAAAUAUCAUUUGAUAAUUCUCGGUGCCAUCGGACUUGGGUUGAGCGUGAUACAGGUGUUCGGUAUGGUUCUCUCCUGCUGUUUGUACGUGAAACUAAAAGAUGUACUCGACUGACAAAAGCCAGCGGAUCCAAUAGUCGAGCUAAUGGAUCCGCUCCCGGACAACAUCAGCCUUAUCUAUGGAUACGACGAUCAGCGCGUAUAAUGGAGCAAUCAAGCCAUGUAACACGUUACCUGUUUCAAUGCGAUUUGGAUUUUUUGUAACGCUGCGGUUGAAUAAAACAUUCUAAUAACACACUAGAAGCUAUAUGCAAUGCAGUGACUACGAUAAUGUUUAUCGCAAUAGGAUAGCAAGUGGGAAAGGAUGCUAUUAGAACAUAAUAUAAGCACAUAGCUACCUUUAGUCACGCGGCAUUUGAAUAUGCUGUAGGCAGACAGAUCAACUUUGUGACAUUUCUUUUGUGAAAAUUUGUAACUAGUGUUUUAAAAAACAGUAAUACAUUUCCAAAUAACUUAUAUUUCAUGCGCGGGGUUAUUGCAAAGCAAAACUACUGAUAAGGCGCAGCAUAAAUAAUAAAGUACAGUUUAAAGUAAACUUAUAUAAGUAGUUGCCUACAGCAAAAGGAACGUAUGCGAUAUAAUACGUUGCAUUCAAAAAAUUGCCAACAAAUUAUAUGUUUCAAAUGUAAAGAUUAAAAAAAAUGAAAAAUUCACAUAGAAAACGGUGCAAGAUUAGACAUCGUCAGACAACUAAUGACGUUCACCAAACUAACUUUUGAGGUAGGAACCAUAUAACCGUUAAAUGUGCUUAGUUUAUUGAAUAAGGUACUCCAUAAAAGUUGCUACGAUGUAACACACCACGAACGGGCAACGAAGCAAAAGGAAAUAGGCAAUACAUGUAAAAUAUAUAUUUAUUAUGUCCAUAUGUAUGUACAAA